AUGCACCCGCACGCGCACCACUAUGGCGCCGCGCCAAUACCAGCACCAGGGCAGGAGGAGCCUUUGGGCCACUACCUCUCCGUGACCUACGCGGAGCUCUUGAAGGCGCACGUGCUUGACGUGCAUCUUCCGAACAUCCUCAUCGGAAUCAGCGCCAGCAUCGAGAUACCGCUUGUCACCAUUCUCGGCCGGCGCAUCGGCGCCAGCUACUCCUCCAUCGCAGACUACAUCUCCGUCAUGGCCCUGUGCCGCACCCUACUGGACAUCCCGUUCGGCAUCGCCGUCGAGUACGUUGGAGUGCGCAACGUUAUGUUCCUCUGCCUGUUCCUAAACAUCGUUGCCUCCCUCAUCGGCCUCAACGUGAGCAACAGUGCCUCGCUCCUCGCCUUCUGCAUACUGAGCGGCAUCAGCCUCGGCGGCUUCUUCCUGGCGCGUCACAUCUUCGUUGCCGGCAUCACCUCCAAGAAGUAUCGAGGCCUGCUCAUGGCAAUUCUUUCAGGGCUGCUACGAUGGGCACACGUCAUUGGUCCCGUCGCCUCAGGCAUCUUCGCCUCGUACUUGGGCGACGUCCGCUACUCCUUCGUUGUGCCGGCUGUGGCGAGCGGCAUCGCCUUCGGCUCUCUAGCCAUCGCCACGCAGUCGACUCGGUGCCAGCAAGUGUGCGAGCGCACGUGCCGGGCAAGUCUCGUGUCGUCUGUGGCAAGAACCCCGUUACACUCAGAGCAAGAGGAGGACGCCUCGGAUAUUGUCUGGCACCACCCGGGCGGCACUGACAGGGACGACGCCUACGUAGUGACGGCACUGCUACCGCCGGCGACGGCACCUUUCCCGACAAAGAGCGGUGGCACAAGUAGCUUGCCGGACUCGGCGAGCCACCGCGUCAUCGCCAACGUGGAGAGGAGCGGCAAUACUUCGCCCUCGCUCACCCACCACCCCCACCACGCGCACGCGAACGGCGGUGUGGCAACGCGGCCCCGCAGCUGCAGUGUGGCGAGCACGGCGUCGGCGUCAUUGCACCCGGACACGGGGGCCAGCCAGGAGCACAACUUCCACCUCACAACGCUCUGGUGCACCUUCGUCGACUACUGGAGCGUGAUCUGGCGCCUUGGCCUGUACAUUGUGCUCGUCACCGCGCUGCGUGCGAACCGCAAGCUUCUCAUUUCCUUUGCAGGACUGCGCGCCGCGAUGACGGAUGCGCAGGUCUCCUACCUGAUGGGCUUCAGUUUCAUCUUCGACGCCAUUCUGUUCCCCCUCGGUGGCUUGAUGAUGGACCUGCUCGGGCGCCAAUUUGCGAUGGUGCCCACCGCCGUCGGGCUCGGCAUCGUCUUUACGUUGUUGCCUCUGUGCACGACGGAGCUCAAGCUCUACAUGGCCGCGUCGGCCUUCGGCAUCGUGGACGCGCUGGGGUGCGGCAUCAUCAUGACACUCACGGCGGAUCGGGCCCCGCCGUACUGCGGGGCGCCGUUCUUUGGCAUCAUGCGGACAGUGCAGGACAUGGGCCACGUUGUUGGCGCUCGCGGUGUGUCAAGCCUGAUGCGCUACGCCGGCUUCGACGUGUGCUGUUGGAUGCUGACAGUGGUCGGCUUCUUCACAGCGGCGUGGGGUGUGUACGGGGUGCCAAGCGAUACAGAGGUGCUUCCCGAGGCACCACGACUCGAGCAGGCGGCGAUCGUCGCACAUGAACGGCGGCUGCACAAGCUCUCUCUCUACUCCCGAAGCAGUGAGGAGACGGCGCCGCUGACGGUCGUGUCGGCGACGGCGACGCCACCCACGAUGACGUACGGCACCGCGACACGACCGCAGCCUGCGCCGUGCGUGAGACAGCAACAAAGCUGGAAGGGAUACCGCAGCGUUGCGCGGAGCUGA